UAUGAUCCCCCAUGCCCCAAACCUUUCCACACUAAACACACCCAUACACACAGACUCGCAUAGACCCAACAAUGCAGCUUCACCUUUCCACCCCGUAAAGCUCCCUCGGCACCUCUAUCCCACUAAGCAGCAAAAAGAGAAGAGGGAAAGGAGGCAAGCAAAGCCAAGGCGAGUGCUUCGAUUCGUUUAGUGUGGUGGUGAGGUUAGCUAGGCUGGGAAUUAAGCCCUUAAAAGAAGCAACUCCGGUCCCUAACGCCUAUGGCACUGGUCAAGAGCCACCACCAAAUGCUGGCCUCCUCCUCCACCUGCUCGUCCUCCCCCUCGGCAUCUCUGCAGCGGCAGCCGCCGGCGCCUCCCCCGUCCUCGUCCACCUCCUGCCUCGCCGACCAGCCGUCCCCCGCCAAGCGCAAGAGGCGCCCGCCCGGCACACCGGACCCUGAUGCGGAGGUGGUGGCGCUGGCGCCGCGGACGCUGCUGGAGUCGGACCGGUACUUGUGCGAGAUCUGCGGGCAGGGGUUCCAGCGGGAGCAGAACCUGCAGAUGCACCGGCGGCGGCACAAGGUGCCGUGGCGGCUGGUGAAGCGGGCGGCUGGCGGGGAGGAUGGCACGGGCGCGGGAGGGAACGGAGGCGGAGGCGGCGGGGCGGCUGGGGCACGGAAGCGGGUGUUCGUGUGCCCGGAGCCAAGCUGCCUCCACCACGACCCGGCGCACGCGCUGGGCGACCUGGUGGGCAUCAAGAAGCACUUCCGGCGCAAGCACGGCGGGCGGCGGCAGUGGGUCUGCGCCCGCUGCGCCAAGGGCUACGCCGUGCAGUCCGACUACAAGGCGCACCUCAAGACCUGCGGCACCCGCGGGCACUCCUGCGACUGCGGCCGCGUCUUCUCGCGGGUGGAAAGCUUCAUAGAGCACCAGGAUGCCUGCAACUCCGUCCGGAUGCGCGGCGAGGUGGUGCCCGUACCGUCGACGCUCCCGGUCAUCCGUCCGGCGCCCGCUCCGAGGCCUCCGCCUGCGGUGGUGCCGCCGCAGCCACCACCGCCGGAGCUCCAGCUCCUCCCUGCCUCCACGACAGCGCCGUUGACCGCCACGACUGCAUUUUCCACGAUCACGACCACAUCCCAUGAACCCCAUGCAACGACGACGAAGCUACAGCUCUCCAUCGGGCCCAUCGCGGCCUCCAACGGCAUUGCCGCCGCCGCCGCCGCCACAGCGGUCGACGAGGAGAUGGAGCAGGCGAUGGAGGAGAAGGCCGCGGCGGACGCGGCGCGGGAGCGGGCGCGCGUGGAGGCCGCGGCGGCGGAGCGCGCGCUGGAGGAGGCUCGCCGCGCGCGGCAGCGGGCCCGGGCCGAGCUCGAGAAGGCGUGCGCGCUGCGCGACCACGCCGCGCGGCUGCUGGCGCAGGUCACCUGCCACGCGUGCCGGCAGCGGUCGCUCGCGAUUUCACUGGCCGUCGCGGCGGGCGGCGAGGGCCACGGCGGCCCGGCAGUGGCCUGCGACCCCAUGAGGGGAGGAGGCGUAGGAGCAGGAAUCUAGUCCGUGCAUGCGCAGCAAGAGCACGACUUUGAGUUUAUGUACGUAGUUUCGUAGGCCAUUUCGAUCGGUGAUGUCGUGUCGUCUGGCGGUUCAGAUAGAAAUGUUUCUGCAUGAAUUCACUGUACUGCACGCAGUGACGCACCCCGUUGGAUUUUAGGGUGCUACUUGCUACUUUGGCAUGGUAAAGCUGCGGGACGUCAACCCCUUAGGUUC